CGGAGCGGCAGGGCGGGAGCCGGGAAUCACGCUGCUCUCCUAUUCGGUUUCUGGGUGGAGCACGAAGUGUUGGUCAUGGACCAUAAAGCUUUUACUGAUUUAGUGCUGCCGCGGUCUGCCAAGCGCUGCGUGCGUCUCUCCUUCCGCACACGAGCAGAGUUUCAUUAAAGCAGUAGAUACGAGCAGCCCGCACCUCCGGCACCUGCUUCCAGAUCACUUCUGCCUCUUGGGUGUGAAUAAAAUAGCCCCAGCGUUGGGGUUAUAUACUGUUAUAUACUCCUGAUGUAGUUCUGGGGGUCUACAGCCCCAGGACGAAUCAAGUAUUUCCAAGCAUAAUACAGCGACGCUUUGGCUUUUGUGUGCUUGGGACAGAAAACUUCUUGCAGAGUAUUUCCUUCUCUAGAAGGGUCGUGCAGCGUGAGAGCACCAAGAGGUGGUGGCAUCUCCAUCCCCGGAGGUUUUCGGAACGUGGCCAGGCAGUGCCGUGGCUCCCCUGAGCCCAUGCUGGCAGCAGUCCCGCUCCGAGCGGGAGGGUGGGCUGGAGACCCCCCACCAUCUGCUUCUUCGGUCACCAAAACGGAAGGGGCUCGAUGAAGAGGACUUGGAGAAAGUGACCCAAAAGUGUCAGUUAAGAAAAAGAUCUCUGGCAUCCCACCCUGUGGAUUAGUAGCAAACAGGCAUAUCAUCUAGAUAAUUCCAGAAAGUGCCUCGAGGAAGCUUCGUUAUGUAGAAGAACCCUGCAAGACAAACACAGCGCGCUUUCUGGCAACUUGUGCAGCAAAGCUGUCAAAAUGGCAGAAAAUAAGGACAGUAAUAUCAAAAACGCAGAUGUGAGACCCAAAAGCAGCCGGAGUAGAAGUGCGGACAGAAAGGAUGGCUACGUCUGGAGUGGAAAGAAGCUCUCCUGGUCUAAAAAGAGUGAGCACUGUUCUGAUGCUGAAACAGCAAGUGCUGCGGGAAGAGCAGGGACUAAUUUAAGGAGCCAAGAGAGGAAAUACAGCUGCUCGUCUAUCGAGCUGGAUCUAGACCGUUCGUGCGGUCACAGGUUUUUAGGCCGGUCUCUCAAACAGAAGCUGCAAGAUGCUGUGGGUCAGUGCUUUCCCAUAAAGAAUUGUAGCAGUCGGCACUCCUCAGGACUGCCAUCAAAAAGAAAAAUUCAUAUCAGUGAGUUAAUGCUAGAUAAGUGUCCUUUCCCUCCGCGCUCGGAGCUAGCUUUUCGGUGGCACUUGAUCAAAAGACAUACAGCCCCUAUAAGUCCAAAAGCGGAAGACUGGAUAAUUGCUGAUUUAUCUCAGCACGAGGAAAGGGAGGAUCAGCUGCGAGAUGAUGAGGUUGCCAACGGGGGGAUGGACUCUCCUUCCCAAUCCUGUGACUUCACCGACACUGGGUCCUCUAGGGGCGAUUUGAGGUCUGAGUUGGUUACAGGUAAGGUGGUAAGGAGCAGCAAAGAUGAGAGCGAUAUGGACUCCGAUGAUGAAGUUGUAACGUUGUGCACAAGUUCUAGAAAAAGAAACAAGCCCAAAUGGGAGACGGAUGAUGAGCUGCUACGGAUGGAAACGCCUCCGAAAUACCAUACACAGAUUGAUUAUGUCCACUGCCUAGUCCCAGACCUCCUCCAGAUCAACAACAAUCCCUGCUACUGGGGAGUCAUGGAUAAAUACGCAGCUGAGGCACUGCUAGAAGGAAAGCCAGAGGGAACAUUUUUGUUACGAGAUUCUGCCCAAGAAGACUAUUUGUUUUCUGUGAGCUUCAGGCGCUACAGUCGUUCCCUCCACGCGCGGAUAGAGCAGUGGAAUCACAACUUCAGCUUCGAUGCCCAUGAUCCUUGCGUCUUCCAUUCUCCUGACAUCACGGGACUCCUAGAGCACUACAAAGAUCCAAGUUCCUGUAUGUUCUUUGAACCACUUUUAUCCACUCCGCUAAACAGGACUUUUCCUUUUUCUCUUCAACAUAUAUGUAGAACAGUUAUUUGCAACUGUACAACUUACGAUGGUAUUGACGCACUUCCCAUUCCUCCGUCAGUGAAGCUGUAUCUGAAGGAAUAUCAUUAUAAGUCGAAAGUUAGAGUACUCAGGAUUGAUGUACCAGAGCAGCAAAGCUAGAAAAUAUUUUUAUGAAAGAAUUACAUUGGCUCUAAAAAGACAAAUAGUAUGUUCAGUCUUUCUUCCUUCUAGUAUCUUUUUUAGUAGCUUUUUUUUUUUCUUUUUCUGCAGAUUAUUUACCACCCAAACUAGCCUCUGUCUAAGGCUUUUUUUUAUCCAAAUGUACUUUGAGUCUUCCCAGCUCUCUUUUUUAGAAA